AUGGCAGAAAAUUCAGAAACAGCUCAUCUAUCUGAUGGAAGCCGCAGACCAUCCAAAGUCAAUGUCGGACUUUCAAAGGCUAGUUUGGUUGGCUCUAGAAUGAAUCUGGCAGGAUCUAAAAUGAACCUAGCUGGCUCAAGAGGAAACCUAUUUGGUUCUAAAGCAAAUAUUGCUGGAUCUCGAUACGGGUCAAUUCGCAAUUUAACCAAUAAAAACAACGCCAUUGCUGCCGAGCAGACUAGCAGUAAUCCCACUACUGCUAUUGUUUAUGAAAACACGUAUAAGCUUAAGCCUGAUAAGAGGUUUCCUACCAACACAGUCAAAUUGAUCAUUGAAGAAACACUGGCAAAGCAUCUGGCAAAAGUCAAAUAUGACUGCGAUAUUGUUCCUGAGCUCGUCAAAACCAUUGCUAAUGAUGUCAUGCAGUCUGUUAAAGGGUUGGAACUGGAUCGAUACAAGAUUGUUGUUGAUGUGAAUGUUGGCGAGUUUAAAGGCCAGGGAAUCAAAGUAGCUUCCAGAGCUGUUUGGGACACAACAACAGACAGUUAUGCAUCUGCAUCAUUUAAAAACGCAACUCUUUUUGCCGUUGCUAUCGUAUUUGGAUGCUAUUAUGAAUAA